AGAAUUGUUUGACUUUAUAGGAGCAGCCAUAGUUUGAAGUUUGAAGCGUAAGCAAUUGAAUUCACCACACCACACCACACCAUUCCCUUAUUAACCUUCCCGCCAUCUCCACUGGAGCUAGUUAGUUAGUUAGUUACAGAGAACGUUUUUAGCAUGACCAUGGACAAAGCAUCGCAAAGCAGCUCCGAUUCCCCCACCCGAGACCCCAAGGUGGUGUCCAUCGAAUGCCUCAGAGGAAGCUCCAAGGGCGACGAGUGGAGCGCCGACAUGCUCCAGAGCGGUGACGUCGUCGAGGACCUCCGGAUCGGGUCGUCGCCGACCUCGCGGAUCCGCUACCAGGCGCCGUUCAAGGGCGGAAAGAGCGGCGUCCAGAGGAUUCUUCAGGAGUCCUACAGGAAGAAGGAGACGUCGAUCGCGGUGAGAGUGCGGCGAGGCUCCGACGAGUUGGCGGAGCUGCAGGCGUGCAUCGUGCCUAACGAGCUCGCGGCGAAGAAGAGCUUCGUGCUUCGCUCGAUUUCCGAUCCGAAUUACGUGGUAGGGUUUGUGGAUCGGACUGAGGCGGAAUGCUUCGAGAUUCAAGCUUCAAGGAGCACUAGGAUGGUAAAUGCGCUAACCAGAACCAAGCUUCAGGAUGGAUAUGUUUCAUAUUCAUGGGAAAGAAGGAUGCAGGAAAUGCUAUCAGUUCCCAAUUCUAGCAACUUCCUUUCCUUAUUAUUUCUUCCCAAAGCUUCAGAUCGUGUAGCUUCUCGCUACAAUGAUCUGGAGGAUACCCUAGCUCGGGCAAAUGCAUGGCUCAAUGCAGGUCAAGCUUCAGGUGUCCCUAUUGUCUUCAUGAACAUCCAAACAGAGUCCCUACUUACUAAGAUAUCUGGAGAGACCGCUUCUUCCACUGUGAAUGCAGGGUCAUUAUCUGACUUAGCUAACUUAUCAAAUGCAAGCCUUUACGGCUUUGAGGAUUACCAUGGAAUAGACAUUGGUGUUGUUCGAGCAAUUCGCCUAUGGUAUGCUCCAGUUGCAGGAGAGUUAUCUAUUGAGAUCAAACUCAAAGAGGAAGAUGCAAAGCUUGGCUUUGCCAUUAGUCGUACCGAAGAGGGAUUUAUUUUCAUCUCAUCAGUUAUUAAUCAAGAAAAUGUGCCUGCUACAAGAUCAGGGCUGAGCAAUCUGUACAAACUAGCAACGGAUACUUGUAGGCUAUUGGUAGUUUCAAGAGUGUCAAAUCAAAAAGUCCUUCCAUGGAUGGUUUCUUCAACAGGAGCCAUUCGGUGUUAUGACACUGUUUCACUGAGCCAGAAGCUCUCAUUGCAUCGACACACCAAAGUUCCCAUUCUCCUGCAUGUCUUGCUUUGGGACCGGGCUUUGGCUUCUUCAAGUGGAGGAAGCACUAGGUUUAAGAAUCUCUCUUCUUCUGUGUUUCCAUCACUAUCAUCUGAAGUUCAAGUACCGCGCCUUCCAAACGAAACCCAUGUACUGCCACUGCCCCCUCCACCCUCCGAACCAAGUGAUGAUACAAGUGAAAUUUCGCAGUCCAGGCUUGAGAGAGACACAGCUGGUGAAUCCUCUUUUAGAUUCCAUGAUUUUUCCUUGUCCAGCAACUGGGUAUGAAUAUCAUGUUCAUAUAAUACGUAGUUGCAUAUUAGAUGAUGGUCAUGCAUGGUAUUGUAGUUUAAUUAUUGUACAUAUAAUAUACAUUGUUUUAGACUUCAGGUCUUCCAGAUUUUGUUUAAUUUGCUUCAUUAGCUAUGGAAAAGCAGAAUGAUAUAGCAUAUAACUUGGAAAUUGAAAAACAUCACGACUUUUGUUUGUGUUU